CUGUUUUUUUUUCCUUUAGGUGGAACUUCCUCAUUGCGGACACAUAAAAGGGAUCGUCAUCCAAAGAACUUUCAAAUCUGGAUCUGGACUCUUGCAACUGAACUUUAAGAAACCAUCAAACCCAGGGCAUAAUGUAUAAAUUUGGUGGCAUACCUCUGGUGGUGGUGAUGGUGUUGUUUGGUGUAGCUCACACUCUGAGUAAUGUUUCAUUGGAUGAAGCAUGGGAGAGCUGGAAAAUCACAUACAGGAGAGAGUACAAUGGUUUGGAUGAAGAGUCUAUCCGUCAAGCCAUUUGGGAGAAAAACAUGCUCUUUAUCGAGGCACAUAACAAAGAAUAUGAACUGGGGAUUCAUAGCUAUAAUCUGGGCAUGAAUCACUUUGGAGAUAUGACACUAGAGGAAGUGGCAGAGAAAGUAAUGGGACUGCAAAUGCCCAUGUACCGGGACCCCACAAACACGUAUGUGCCUGAUGACACCGUGGAGAGGUUGCCUAAAUCCAUUGACUACCGUAAACUGGGCUAUGUCACGUCUGUCAAAAAUCAAGGUUCAUGUGGCUCCUGUUGGGCCUUUAGCUCUGUAGGAGCUUUGGAAGGUCAACUGAUGAAGACCAAAGGUAAACUAAUGGACCUUAGUCCUCAGAACCUGGUGGACUGUGUGACUGAAAAUGAUGGCUGUGGUGGAGGGUAUAUGACAAACGCAUUCAAGUAUGUCACAGACAACAAGGGCAUUGAUUCGGAGGAAAGCUAUCCUUAUGUUGGAGUGGAUCAGCAGUGUGCCUACAACGUGUCAGGAAAGACAGCUGGCUGCAAGAGAUAUAAAGAGAUUCCUCAGGGUAAUGAGAAGGCACUGGCUGCUGCUGUGGCAAAGGUGGGCCCUGUGUCAGUGGGCAUAGAUGCCAUGCAGUCCACCUUCCUGUACUACAAAAGCGGUGUGUACUAUGAUCCCAACUGUGAAAAAGUUGAUGUCAACCAUGCAGUGCUCGCUGUUGGUUACGGAGCCACACCGAAAGGCAAAAAGUACUGGAUUGUGAAGAACAGUUGGGGUGUGGAGUGGGGAAAGAAGGGCUUUGUCCUGAUGGCUCGUAACCGUAACAAUGCCUGUGGCAUUGCCAGCCUGGCGAGUUUCCCGAUCAUGUGAAAAGUGGAUGGCAAGAGGAAGUAAGAAACUCAAAAGGGACCAAAUCUGUCUGCUACUGAGCAACGCCACAAGGGACCCAGACACUGUUAUUAAUACACUCUUACAUCAAAUCAUUGUUGGGUCAAAUUUAAACAUUCUUUAAAAUGUUUUUUUCUUUUUUAAUGAAUAUUAUCCCAUCAAACCCUGGUGUAUCAGCUCUUUUCUACAACAUUUGAUGUGUCUAAAGUGGUUUUGAUUUUGUGUAUACAGUCGUUUAAACUUUUUAUUAUUUUCUAAUGCCCCUGGUGGGAUCUGUUUUCUGAACACUUUUUUAUGAUGUUUUGAUUUCUAAAUUAGUUUACUUUACCUGGGUAUACAGUAAUAGUACCUUACAAUAACAUUUAUAUAUAACUGACAUAAGACAUCAUUAAUAAUUUAUGUAAUGACCACUCUAAUUAAUUAAUUCAAGUCAGUACCAUCCUCUGUACAGAAACACUAUACAAAAUAAACUUUUUGGAAUAAA